UCGGUCAGUCGGCCACUCAGUUAGAUUCCUACCUUUUCUGCGUUCUCUCUCAUCUUCAUAAAUUCCCUCGCCAGUCUUGAAAGUUUAAGAUCUGGUUCAAGUCCUAAGUCCAAACUACCAGUUUUUCAAUGAAAAGCGAGAAGAAGAUUUCAUCAAGUGCCAAUGCUGAUGAAUUGGCUCUGUCAUUAUAUGUGGAGGAGGUGGAGCCUGUUCCUUUGAAAGUCUACCUUCCUUCUUGCGUAAGGCGUUCGGCACGAUUUACCACCAAUAAGUACAAAACGCCAUCUCCGGUGAGCAGCCGCCGGCGGAAGUCAAAGGGGUUCCCUGCAUUUGCUUUUUCUGUUAAAAAAAGAAGGUCUCCAAGGCUUUUUGCAUCAUCAUCAUCAGCUCCGGUGGAAGUGUGGUUGAAGAAACGGCGAGCUUUUGAGGAGGAGGAAGAAGCUUCAAAGAAGGUAAAGAUGUGUUUGAAUGAUAAAAGUUUAAGUUCUCCGAGGUUGAGAGGUGGUGAUAAAGAUGUAAAUUCAGGGGGGAUUUUGAGUGCUAGGUGCUUAAGAUCAAGAACUGUAGUAAUGCAUGUGGGUAAUGAGAAAGAAAGGGUAGAGAAAAGUUCAAAUUUGAAGUGCUUAAGAUCUGGAAUAAUUGAGUUAGAUUUGGUUAAAACACCCAAAGCUUCGAAAACUAUAUGUCUCCACAGUAGCUCUAGCAGGUUUCAGAGGUCAAUUGAGGCUGAAAAUGAAAAUCUGAAGUCUGAGACGCCUUCAUUGGAGAAGAGAUUAAAAUCAACAACUGUAAAAAUGAACGUGGGAAUUGAAAAAGAAGGGCCCAAGAAAAGUGUUUCGAAGAAAAGUAUUGGUGAUGAUUUGUUGGUUGACAAGUGCUUAAGGUCUCCAAAAGUAGAGUGUACUUUGGAUGAAUUUCCUCGGGUUUUAGAAAAAGGGGAUUUGGAAAAACGUGAUUCAGAGGUAAGGGGUGAGAAGUGCUUAAGGUCUAGGAAAAUUGACUUUAAAGUAAAUGUGGAAGGAAGUGUUGAGAAAAAAAUUCCUCGAAUUGAAGGGUGUGCUUCGAAGAAUGAAGGUUCGGUAAAAAAAGAUAUGGUAUCGGAAAGAAAGGAGAAAAAACAACAAAAAACUGCAUGCUGGUUUAUCGGGGAUCCAAUUCCAGAAGAAGAAGCUCGAGAGAGAUGGGCAUGGCGAUAUGAAUUAAAGAGCCAAAGAAAGGAUCGAAGUGGGAAAUUGAAUAGUGGAGAAGAAGAUGAAAUUAUAUUGAAUGUAGAGUGCCAUUAUGCUCAAGCCAAAGUUGAUAGUUGUGUUCUUAACAUUGGAGAUUGUGCAUAUAUGAAGGUAAGUUGGUUAAGAUUUUUAUGUUUUCUUGAUAUAAGUUUUGAGCCAUGUUAUCAUAAAUGGGCCGUUGAUUAUAACAGGUCUGCAUGUGAUAGCUUGAAACUAAACCAUCCGGAAACCCAAGUUAGGAAUGAAUCUGCUAAUGAUUUCCUAGAGUUACUAAGGAGCUGGGAGAAGUUAUGCAAAUCGUAUGUUUGUGAUUUAGACAGAACACAUGAAUUGGGAUUGGAGGAUGACAGUGAAGAAGAUGACAGCAAUAUAAAUUCUCAAUUGGAUGAAGAGGUUUCUUCUGAAGAAUACGAAGUUUCCUGUCUAGUUGAUAUUCGUUAUGGUGAUCACGGUGACAGAGUAAAGCAUGGGAUAUACUUCAAGGUACGUUGGAAGGGAUAUGGUCCAGACGAAGAUACAUGGGAACCAAUUGAAGAGUUGAGGAAUUGCGAAGAGAAAAUAUGGGAUUUUGUUAGGGAAGGAUUGAAAUCGAAAAUUUUGCCUCUCCCGGGAGACGUUGAUGUAAUAUGUGGUGGCCCUCCAUGUCAAGGCAUUAGCGGUUAUAAUCGCCAUAGAAACCUUGAGUCCCCAUGGGACGAUGAAAGAAACCACCAAAUUGUGAUCUUUAUGGAUAUCGUUGAAUUCUUAAAGCCGAAGUAUGUCUUGAUGGAAAAUGUGGUCGACAUCAUAAGGUUCGAUAAAGCCUCACUUGGACGAUAUGCUUUAAGUCGUUUAGUGCAUAUGAAAUACCAAGCCAGGUUAGGAACUAUUGCCUCCGGGUGUUAUGGUCUUCCACAGUUUCGACUGCGUGUUUUUAUUUGGGGUGCGUCUCCUAGUGAGAAAUUGCCCCAGUUCCCAUUGCCUACACAUGAUGUCGUUGUCAGAUAUUGGCCUCCAUGCGAAUUUGAGAGAAAUACUGUUGCUUAUGAUGAAGGCCAGCCUCGCACACUUGAAGAUGCCAUUGUUCUUCAGGAUGCAAUUUCUGAUCUGCCACCUGUUACAAAUGAUGAAACCCGUGAAGAAAUGAUAUAUGAGAAGCCUCCAGAAACGGCAUUCCAAAAGUACAUAAGAUCAAGUAGAGACGAGAUGUUGGGACUUGUGUCAAAUAGAGAAAUGGGAUCAAAAUGUCCUGUGUUAUACGACCAUCGGCCUCUCCAGUUGUCUACACACGAUUAUUUGCGCGUUUGUCAAAUCCCCAAGAGAAAAGGAGCCAACUUCAGGGACCUUCCCGGGGUCGUUGUGGGAGAAGAUAAUGUGGCACGCCGUGAUCCAAACAAAGAGCCAAUAAUGCUACCCACUGGAAGACUAGUUGUACCAGAUUGUGUCUUCAAUUUUGAACAAGGAAAGUCGAAAAAACCAUACGCAAGAUUAUGGUGGGACGAGACAGUAACAACGGUGGUGACAUUCCCCUACAUUCGUUGCCAAGCAGUUUUACAUCCCGAGCAGAACCGACUUCUCACCAUACGAGAGUUUGCAAGAUUACAGGGAUUCCCGGAUUUUUACAGAUUCUGCGGGACUGUUAAGGAAAAGUACUGUCAGAUAGGAAAUGCAGUGUCUGCUCCAGUGGCACGAGCUCUCGGAUAUGCGCUUGGAAUGGCCUCCCAGAAGGUUAGUGGAGACGAGCCCCUCGCGAUCCUUCCGCCAAAAUUUUCUUCCCUUCAGCAUUCAACGGUUGUCUCUAUAUCUGAACAGUGGUAGUAUAAUUGCAAAAAUUGUUUCUUGUUUCUUCUCCAACGUUAUUGAGUUCUAAAGAAUCUACUUUACCAAUAGGUCAUGAAUCCUGAUGGUAAAAGAGUUUCGGAUUGUAGUCAUUAUGAAGGAAAUUCGGGACGAAAUAUUUGAUCCAAUUUUCAUGUACAGUACUUGUCAUUGAU